AGUGGGAACGGCGUGCCUCGCGCCGGCUUUCUUCCUCGGUUCUUCGAAGCGCGGGCUCGGCUGCGCGGUAGAAAGUUGCGAGGAGCCGCAGGGGCUUUCGAACAGCCGAGAGGCGCCUGCCGGGCGGCACGCGGCCCCGGAGCAGCGCUGCGAGCGCAGCCGCCGGCCGUCGUCACGCGGCUAAUCCGCUCCCGGUGUAAGUCCGCCGUCCUGGGGCGGAGGGCCCCGCUACGUGCCGCACCGUACUCUGGGCUCCGCCGUGGAUCCGUCCGUCCGUCCGAACGAGCCGCGGAGCCGGAGGUGAGCGGGGCCGGGACUUCCCGUCAGCCGACGCAGACCUGUGCUGCUGGUGACUUCUGGAGAAAGGCUGAAGUUCUCAGACUUGAAGACACGCAGGGCACUAUGUCACUGGCAUCCUGGUUCAGGUGGAAUGAGCCCCCAAAUCGGAUUUCCCAGAGGAACCCCACAGAGAUGGUGGUUGAGACGCUAAUGAUGGAGCUGAGCUGGCAGAUCAAGCAGGCAGAGAAGCAGCAGCGGGAGCGGGAGAAUGAGUAUCGCAAGAUCAAGACUGGGGUGGACUACGGCUGGCUGGUCAGCUACUCAAAGCAGAGCUAUGAUAUCAGCCCAGGAGAAAGGCUGCAGCUGGAGGAUAUGUGUACCAAAAUACAUCCCUCCUACUGUGGGCCUGUCAUACUCAGAUUCCGGCAACUCGUCGCUGAAUACGAACCAGAAGUGCAGGAAGUAUCUCGACUCUUCCGCUCUGUUCUGCAGGAAGCUGUUGAGAAGAUCAAAGAGGAGGAAGACGCCAAGAAGCUCGCCAAGCAAUGGAACACAAAGAACAAAACCAGCCUCUCCUUAACAACGUUUAAGUCCCGGUCCAAGAUUUCCCCAUUCAUCAGUGACAUCAAGACCAUCUCUGAGGAUGUAGAGCGGGGCACCCAGCCCACCAGGAGGGUUUGGAGCAUGCCAGAAUUCCGGAAUGCCAAGGAUUACUGACUCUGUACUGAACAAGGUUUUUAAACAGUGAUCUCUCCAAAUCCCAGUUAACCCUUUUUUUUAGCUCUACCAUUUCUUCUUCGUUCCAGCUUUCUCUUACUGUCUGCCUCUCUCAGAAGCUGUGUCCAUAGUAACUGCUGCUGAUGCCUACGAUAUGUGACAAUUUAUUACCACACAUGCUAGCUUUUCCUUUAAUUUAGAAGUAAUCAGCAACUUUAAGGGCAAGGCUCACUUACUAUCCUAUUUUUUAUUACCUUUUUUUUUUUUCUUUCCUGGUGGAAAAUGAAUUAAUUUUGUGAUCUCUCUCUUCUUCUCCCUUUUCCCUCAGCCUGGAUGAAGUUACCUUCUAAAGCUAUUGGCCCAAGCUAGUGAGAGCUGCUGCCUGAAUGCAAGAAGUUCCAUUUGCAUGAGAAAGGCUUUCAGGAUCAGGCCUGUGAGUUAGGGCUAGUCAGAACUGAACUUCUUUUUUCAACUAACAACCUUCCUCAGUGCUGCAGGAGAUGCAGGUAAACCCAGCGCUGCUCUUGAGUAGCAAUCCAGCACAAGCAAAGCAGACUCAAACUUUCUGAGGUGGAAGACUAACAUAAUUCCACAGCAUGCUCAGGUUUCUUGGGUAUUUUCUCUCUUAUGCAGGCAGAACCCCUGAACCUUGUGCUUGCAGAGCAGAUAGAAAUGUAACACUGUUGUGGGUGGAUACAUCAGUUCUGUGUCAAAAGCUCUUCUUGGUCCUGUGUUCUGUGUUACUGAGGUAAGUGCUACAUCCUGUAUCCCAGUAAUAAUUCACUGGGCUGAAAUUAACGUUUAUGACUAAGUCUGAAAGAGUACUGAAGAACAGUAUCAGUGAAGGGUGAAGGGAAUCAGCAUUCAUCUACAGCACUAUGUACAGCUCAGAAUUGAGUCUGUUUCAAUAAGCUGCUGUUGUGAAUGGCUGAAGCGCUCUGGUAGAUGAAGGUCCAUUCCCUCACUCUUCUCUCACGAGUGCUCAGAGGAGAGCUUUCCAGUAUUGCAGGAUGCUGGCCAGUGAGUCGACACUGUUACAGAAGAAUCUUUAAUGAAAACUGAAUUGCCUCUAGGCCAGCAUGGUUCUGCUGAGACCUUGAGUAAACAAGAAAACACCAGUGAGGAAAAGCAUCCACAGGGAAACCUCUCAUCAGGAAAAGAAAGAGAACAUCAUGCUGUAAAAAUCAUGGUUCCUGUAGAGAGAAGCCAAGGACUAGGAAAAAUUCUGGGAUCUCCCCCUAUGACUGGCUUUUGGGAAUCAUCUCCACUGUGAUACAGCCUCCUGGAGAACGCUGCAUAGCUUUGUUGUUCUUUUGCCUGUUUCCAACUCUUUUCCCCAGGGAUUUUUGCAACAGCAUGUGAGUACUACAGCCAAAACAAAAUCCUUUGAAGCUAUGCCAACCCUGGGAACAAUUCCAGCACAUGAAAUUUAUCCUAGAGUAGAAAUGUGCAGUUUCUUCCAGAGCUGGGGGAUCACAGCAUAAAAACAAAGAUCGAGAUCAAACCCUUAACAGUUCUCUAAGACUGUGGAAUUGUGGCUCUUUCUCACUUUGCUCUGGGCUAGCUAAGACUAAACACAAGGCUGUAGCAUCUAGCCCCUUUGUAAACACUGCUGCAGAAGAACACUUUUAAUUAAAAAAAAAAUAUCUCAGGGCUUCCAAAUACACCACUCAGUUUAGGACUGGCUACUUCAGCUCCAGGUCAACAGGGGAGAGGUUCAAGCCUUCUGACAAUCAACUUGGUGUUUUUUGGCUCUGUGUCCUUGUGAAGUGGUGUGACUGUGUGUAUGCAGUACAAUAAAAGCUUGACAUACUUAGCAUAGGCUUAAGGAUCUAGAAGUUUUGUGAUCCUAGCAAGAUGCUACCAUCUAAAAAAACCACUGUUUUGAAAAAAGUUAACCAUUUCUUAAAUAUAUUUGCAAGCCACUAUAUAUGCUGGACUGACAGCUGAAAUGGUCAUGAAUUUCAUGCUACAAUGCUGUAAUCAAUUUCUUGUACUCAAGUUUUAUUUUAAUGCCCUCGGUACUGACUGUUUUGAUGCAAUAUUUGAUAGUCUGCAGGGAGAGAAGGGACAGUUUGACAUAAAAACUCUUUGCUACAGUACAGUGUCAGCAAUGUGCUUACUCUAUCCAAAGGAGAAUCUGGAGCAACUAACUUCCCUGCACCAAUAUACAAAGCCAAUGAAAUUACCUGAAGAGUGUUUGCAAUAUCAUCACAGCAUGCUGUGAUCAUACUGUAUCCUUCAUUAAUAACCUCCAGCUAGCAGAUACCGUUCUUGUUUUGCAGUCAGCAGAGGGAGACAAAUCUGACCUUUGGUCAAAGCCAUAUACAGAUGAGGGCCAGGCUGUGAUGGCACCUGUGACAGCUGUCAAGCUUCACUUUACCUGCCAUCUCUAAUUCCACAAUAAAAUGUAAUCCAAACUUUCAGAUAGUACCACUUUCUCCCUGUACCUCUUCUGCAAGUUACACUGGGCUCACAGAACCAUCUGAUGAAGAAGAGGAUAUUCAGGUACCAAUCUGGCCAUCCAGUACUCUGGAAGGUGUAAAACAAGCACUAUGCUUGCCUGUAGCCAGCUGACUGCAACUUUUUGCACAGUGUAUGCACCAGCAGGUAGUGAAGCAGAGCUGGGGAGGUGCUUAGGAUAUUCAGUUGUUGCACUAUGCUUGUAACACUUGUUUUUCUUAGGAACUGUAGACUGAACUAAAUCAUUCUUUGGUCACUGCAUGCAGCAACAAGUAACUACUCAUUUUUGCUUUAUUCUAAUUCCAUGUUUUGAGUGACUGAAUUAGAAUUUCAGAUUAAAUCAGGAGUCUGCAACUCCUGGUUGUCCCCUACCUACUGAGCUAUGGUUCACAUACCUGAGCAGGGGCAAACUAGAUUGCUUUUGGAUUAAGCUAACCUAAAUGAUCUGUUGCAGAUGACUCUCAGGUUUGCAUACCUUGAAACAGGACUAAGAAAAUCUCCUAACACUUGUACAGUGUGAACAUUAACCCCUUACUGACAAGUGUACCACUCUACAGCUCUGCUUCUCCUGGACUGCAUUGCCUACUAGUGUAGAAAAGCAUUCCUACACAACUUAGAUGAGACUGUACUGUCUUAGCCACUCUAGAGAGAGUCCAGUGAUUUAAUUCCUAAAGAAAAAUGAGAAGUGAAAUAGCAGCACAAUGCCAGUAACAAACAACUAAGUAAACUGAACAAGAAUAAUUCCAAAUCCUCAUUCUUUCAAAACUGAACAAAGACUUUGGUGUCAGCCUAGAGCAUCACUGUUGCCCAAUCAGUGGUAGUGUUACACUGUCCAAAGGACAUUGUUACACCCAGAAAAAAGCAAUCAGAGACUUUUAUCACACAUGCCAACACAUAAUGGCAACACCACUACAGCAGCUCAGGUGCACGGCUCAGCUUCAAGAGGCUGAAACACUUUUCAGAGCUGCUACUCAUCUAAGGGAGAAAAUGCAGCUCUGCUCCUACAGCCUAGACUGGCCCACAGGCUGUGGUGGCCAGCAAAAAUGUGCAGGAGGAAACUCUUCAGCUCUAUCAGCAUAUAGCUCAGACAGCUGUCACACCUUGCAGAACUGGAGUAUGCUUCACAGGAAAUACCUGUCUACUGAGAUUGCACUGUUUAUGUAUUUCAUCAUGGAACCUUAGAAAAUUAAAGCAAAGCUAUGAACUAUAAAACAAAUUUUUGUAAUUGUUGUCAUUAAUUAAAGAAGCAAUCUGUCCACAUCUAGCCAAACACAAGCCGUUCUAGUUCUCCACUGCACACUGUGCACGCAUCAAAGGAGGAAGGCAAGAAUGACAGACACCAAGGCUAAACAAAAAACAUCCUCUCUCUACAAGGUGCAAAAGCAGCCACUUGCUACCUCUAGCCUUGCUACCUCUUCAAACAGAUCCCAAGAUGUAAGGUGAGAAGUAGCUAGGAUUAAACAACUGCAGAAUUCUGAAGUUCUCUGAAGCUAAGUGCUUUACAGAUACAACCUUGACUUUAAAUCUUCAUCAGUGUGCUUCCAAGCACGUCUUACAUUGAUCAGUAUUACCACAAAAUGAGGAAAACAACAUAAUGAAUGUUUUGUCACCAGAUACUUGUGAGUCAAGUCACUCCUAUCAAUCCUAGAUACUGGAACCCUUUUAAUAUUAGCAUGCAGCCCCAGAUGGCUCAGGGCUCCCUGCACUAAACAUUCACAUGAAAAGCACACAAGAGUUAAACAAGAGGAAGCUUUUUUUUUCCCCAACACAAAGUCUCAUUGAAGUGUGGACUGCAUUGCUCAGUAAAUUGCAGAGAUCAGACAGAAGAGUGUUUCCAAAAGGGAGCUCCAGGAAUAAACUGAAGUAAGUGGUCGAGACACAGACUACAGCAGAAGGCUUAAGCCAUUCCUUCCCAGAAGCUGUGCAAAGAAACACACUAGGGGACAAACAUGUCUCUGUCUUGUUGCUUACACUUUUUCCCCAGAACGCUUCUACAGGCCAUUCCAGUAUUCCUGUGUUAACUUCACCGCUCAGACGGGAGGACAAGCUACGUGGUGCAUGCUAAUUUUGCUAAAAAAUCAUUCUGGGAAGCACAGGACUGUGCGAGUCAGCACCUUUUUUUGUUGUGCCCUGCAACAGAGAAAGAACUCUAAGCUUCAGUGAGUUCCACCCACCUGUGCCAGGCACAGACACAACAGUCUGGGAGCCUGCCUCUAGCUGGUACUGCUGUCCUCUCUGCAUAAGGGGCCUCUUGUUCCCUCUGUAUGAUCAGGCAAGCUGUGUUUCAAGCCGGCUCACAUCAGGAAGACACAGUACUGACCCCAAGAGGUGGGCUGCAGGGCCAAGUCUCCCAUGAUUGGCGUGUGGUCUUCUGUGCAGUUGCUGUGUAAAGAUACUCUCAAUCUUUGUAGGAAGAGAUCUCAAUAAACAUGACAGAUAGGCAAAGAGAAAACCUACAAGAACAGUGAAAUAUGUGGUGGUUCAUGAACAUCUGUGUGUAGCAUACUUCAUAAAAUUCCUGGAGUCCUGACUGGAUAAGCAGAUUACAGCUUGUCAGCUGUUAUGCUUACAAUUACACAUUGCCUCCACCAAGUAAAUCUAACCUUCCCCAUUGGAUGAUACAGCAGGAGAAAGAGAAAUGCAUUUUCUAAAUGCCAGUAUCCACUCAGAAUGUAAGUAUUGUUAUUACUAUUUAGUAAUUAUAAUGCUAUAUUCUCAGAGGCUUCUGAUGAGUCAGAGUCCAUGUACAGUACCUCUUCCAGUCUUAUCAUCAGCAGUAUCAGAUUGCCUAAAGCAGCGGAACACGUGUAGUUUAGUCUGAAGACAGGUUAAGUAACAGAUGUAGAACAAAACAGUGCCAGAGAAAUACCCCUCUUUCCUUUUUGGUGUUAUUCUGACACUGGAAGCCUAAAAUUAUUUAGCAGGUGAAGAAUACAGUGUUGUAUCUACAGAACUCAGCAGUUCCUGUAAGGAUGGUGCAAGAGCACCCAAUCCUUCCAGGUUCCUCCUGGCUCUCAGCAACUCACUCCCAUGGUAUACAGCUACUCAGAAGUUCCAACCUUUCUCCUGCCUUCUGUAUAGGAGAAGAAGCAGGACAGACUGUGGUAUGUUCAAAGCACAGCCAAGAGGAGGAAAUGGAGAAAGACUGGAUUACAUUCAUAGGACAGCAGUAACAAACAUGCACCAUAAGCAAUCCAUCUCUCCAAGCUAAUUAGAGGGUUCAGAAUUAUUGGGAAGCCAAAGUCCGAAAGUGAAAAACAAAGAAAACCCUGUAUGAGGCAGUGCAGAUGGACAGCAAUGCCACCUGCUGGCACAUUCUAAGCAGUGAUUAACAGGAAAAGUGCAGGAACUUUCUAACCCUGCCUUUCCCAACAAAUACCGCUUCCUCACACUUAUGCUGCCUUUCUUUCAUAUCACCGAAAUGCAGAGAACAGCACAUGAACAAAACACAAAUACAACUACGUGAACACCUGAAUGGAAAACAGCACCAGCAGUUGGCAUGCUGGUACCAGUUGUCUUCUUAAUGCUCUGUACCUCUGCCACCGACAUACAUUUAUCAGCAUGGAUAUUAGCAGUUUGUCACAUUGCUUACGAAGUCUCAAAGCAUGCUUCCUCAGAGCCACCAGCACUGCAUCCUGCUCUCCUUGCAGAAAACACUAGAUGUUUCCUAUUCCUUGUGAAUCACACCUUAAGGCCAAAAAUGAGCAGGCAGAAAAAGAUUACUGCUCUCAAGAGCCAAAUAAAUCAUGGUCUCUGUACUGGACAAUAAUUUUGGUGAGUUGUUUCGUCCAGAGAUGGAGAUGGAAGGCUGGGCUGGGUGUCUGCUGAUAAUUCUAAACAGCAGCUCUUAGAAGGACUCACCCCCUACAGCUUCAGAUGUAAGCAAAUAACUGGCCUUGGGGAUGUCCUGGUGUGCCCACAACCUCAAAGCCCUCAGAAGAACCAAAAAGCCUGCCACAAAAACCCAGCCAUUUCACAGAGUGCCCAAAAGAGAGCUGGACUCAAGAGCUGAAGGAAACCUGUUUCUAAACAAUCACAGCAAAGCCCUGCGGGACUGACACGUCCAGCAAGCUGUUUCAGAGCUCCACCCAGUGGUCACCAGGUGGCUCAGACAGCCCUCGACUGACCCUAGGUCAAGUUACUUCAGCCUCUGACUUUUGGCUUUUGCCUGCGUGUACAGCUGUCCUCCUAGCUGCAGAAGGAGAUGUUCUGAGAUGUCUGGGAAGCCCAUAUAAUCCUGCAGCACAAAACAUCCAAGUACAUCAAAAUGGCACAACUUGCUUAAGUUGAACCAUACUCUGCACUGAAGAGAUCAAAACUGCACGCCCUCACUGCACUGCAGGUUGAUAUACCCUGGACUAACACAGCAAGUGCUUCCAUGCCUAACUGCUAUUUCUGACUGAUUUGUCACUUUAAUCUCUGUACUUUUUUGCACAAAGGAGUCAAGUUCGGGCAAAUCAUAAAAGCAAGUGACAAAGGACUACAUUGCUUAUGAGAACUGGCUGAAUCACUUAAUUACUUGUAUCAAGUAAUUAUUCUUUCAUGUUUGGAUCCCCAGAGAAACUUAAGAAACUGCUUCAUCCUCUCCCAAAACCUUUUGAGUCUCCUACCAACUGUACUUAUUGGGGAGGGAUCUUUAGAAAUGUCAGGUUCCUUUCCUGUUUGCUCACAUUUGCUCACUAGAUGUAGGAGCUCCAAAUGAGCUUCCCUUCACAGAACAGACAAAAGCCACACAGCAUUCUACACCUGCGCACACAAGUGGUAGUAGUAGUGGUGAGGUGGAAAGAGCUUGAAGAGCAAGGGGAAGAAGACUCAAGGAAGCAAAUCUUACAAAUUCUGCUGCUAGUGGCACAUUUGGUGAGAAUACUUGAAAAGCAAGAUACUGGCAAGGAGGAGGGGCACGGCAGCAGCAGUUCAGAGAAUGUAUCUUCUACCAGUCUACCCCAACAGUGACUUCUAUUUCAGAAUUUCAGACAGAGGAUGUGAUAGGGACCACUCUCACACACACAAAAUGUAUGCUUCACAUCUGAAAGACUCCUAUUAUUUAACCUUUCAGCUAGAAUCUCCACUUGUCCAGCCAGGUAAGCCCCAGAAUCCCCUCGUCAUUUUAUCUCUGCCUGCACUCUAUGAUUUCUGACACCAGCAGUCUCCCUCCAUCCCUAUCUCAUGCAUUCUCAUUAUUCCACACUUCAUCUUUCUCUACAAUAAGCACUUUUUAGAGACCUGGUAGCAAGGCUGUCUAUCAGGCUGACAUUCCAUUCUGCUACAGAGUUUCCACGCAAAUUUCUAGAUCUGCAUCUGUUACCUUACUAUCAUAACCUUCACAUGCAGUUCUGUCUCUGGUUAAGCUGGCAUAACAGAAAUUUGAAGCAGCAUUAAGAAGUUAUGCUUUAGUUAAAAGGUGAACAACAAUAAAAAUUCUUCAUGGGGCUGCAUGGCACUACAAUGACUCUGCCUGCAGAGGCCUAAUGCUUACUGGUGUGACUGGAAUCUGUUGGUCAGCUCCCAAGAGCAGCCUCAAAAACACUCGGUUCCACCAAGCUGCAUGCAGAGCAGAUGCACAUGAUUGUAGUGACACUUAAAUAAGUAUUUAAUAAAUAAUACAAUGCAUGGAAUGACAAAGAUGUUAGUAUACCUUAUCAGUGUGUUUGGAAUUAGCCUCCCCAAGAGAAGUCAAAAGAUAAAAGCUGCUUAUCUGGGCAUGACACUUGGCAUCUCUAGAUAGAAAUAUAGAUAGUAGUAGUAUGAAUCAUAAAGAAUAAUCCCCAUGAAGUGAAGGAGUUGGAUUCUUCUGUUUUUCCCUACUUAUGUUUCAGAACACUGCUUUGAAAAAUACUUCCACAACAAUGUCAAAAGUCAAGGAAACUCCAUUUCUUACUCCUGUUUUCAUGUUUUAUGUUCAGAAGAAUAAAAUAACCCAACUUUUCUGAAUCAAGGAUUCAAUCUCUAAAGAGUUAAAUCUCUGCAACAACUGCAAAAUGUUCCACAACAACAAAGCUGCAGAAAAAAAAACAGGAUUCCAGCACCUCCAGAGGAUUUCACAUCGAAUUUAAAAACUUCACCUUGAACAAUAAUACAAAGUCUCAGAUUUCCUUAAACACCAUGCUAGGCACAGACUCAAAGAGCUUUCUACUUGUUUGCUCUGCAAUGAACUCCUCAUGCUCUGACCACCUGAUAUCCUUGUCAAAGGCAACCACACUGAGGCCUUUUUUAGGCACACCUCUCAGUGGCUCCUGAGGAGCAUCUGGCACAUGAGUGAUUCACAAGGAAUUCCAACGUCAGAGUUCUUCUGUACCCAGGGGCCUGCUGCCAGGGCUCUAGGAAGGAGUGAGCAGCAGGCUUUGAGCAGUCUGCUGAGGCCAAAACACACGCACACACACACCUGGACAUCUCUGUCACUGUCACUGCCUGCCUCAGAACCAUUCCAAUGGCUUUUUCUCUCAGAUGCAUGCUGUGUGAAGAUUUGACAAACAGCUCACAGGGUCAGAAAGGCAGGCCAGAUCUUCAGGCUUCUUAGCUCUAGGAACUGCAACUUGAGAUAUGGGAGUAAAUUAGUGAGCGUGUGCUGCCUGUGAGCAGCUGAUCCAGAUAAAAAGAACCAAAGACUUUCCCUCUUCAGUUUUGGAAUAAAAAUUAUCCAGCUCCAGAAUAUUUAGUGUUGAUACUUCUAGUGACAAAGAGUAAUAAAACCAUCCAGAGAAAGACCACACCUCACACUCUGAAAUAAAAUAAUAUAUUAAUGAAUGAGCUGUCAAAAAAGCGUUUAUGUAAAAGGAUGUUCUAUUUACAAAGGUCAACCUGCUCUUUAGGACAAGUAAAACCACUACUGGAAAAAAUAUACACAUAGAAAUGCCUCAUCUUUCAACAGACAGUUACAAAUAAUCCGCUUUGUUUAAGCUACUGGAAACUUUAAGACAUUUGAAAUUAAAAGUGUGUUCUGCAUGCAGUUAGGAUAGAAUUGGACCUCAGUGUGUCAAUACAUGUCAUUGCCAAUGACACACUCUUAGGAUCUUCUAAAACACCACAGCCUGGCUGUUACCUUAGCAACUCAAAAGGACAUAGAUCUUCAUUAACAAGUUAUCGUUUGAUCUUCAUUUUGCCAUUAAAAAAAGGAUAUCCUGAUUGUCUCAGCAGGAGUCUGGUCUUGUCAAACUCGGCAUCCUUUUCCCUGAGUUUUCUUUAGCUUUUUUGCUAGGCAUGAUCAUCACCAGCUUGGCGUAUUUACAAGUCCUUGGUCACACUCUUCC